AUGAGUAUCUUGAUUUCUUUGGCCAUAAGUAUUGCUUGGAUCGCUUGCGUGGAUUUUGCAGGAAUAGUUAUAAAUAUGACGAGCAAAGAUGUAAGUAUUGCUAGUAUUUGUGAUGGCCAAUUUUUGUUUGAUAUCUUCCAUAUUAGCUUGGGAUUUUCAAAGUCUACUGUGGCUAUUGGCCUGUCAUAG